AUGCAGCCGUUCAGCAUUCCGGUACAAAUUACACUCCAGGGCAAUCGGAGGCGCCAGGGAAGGACGGCCUUUUCUUCUGGGAAGAAGAGAAAUACAGAGCAAAAUGGCGGCGACCUGCUGGAUGUGCACCGGAAGUGGUCAGCUAGUGCUGGGGAGGACCGCGCCCUGCUUCUAGGGUUUGCUAUGAUGGGCUUCUCAGUCCUAAUGUUCUUCCUGCUUGGAAUAACCAUCCUAAAGCCUUUUAUACUCAGCACUCAGCGAGAAGAAUCAAAUUGCACUAUCAUCCACACACAAAUCACGGAUCAUUGGAUGGCCUGUGCCUUCACCUGUGGGGUGGACUGCAGAGGUCAGGGCAAGUACCCAUGCCUUCAGGUGUUUGUGAACCUUACCCAUUCAGGUCAGAAAGUUCUCCUUCAUUAUAAUGAAGAGGCUGUACAGAUAAACCCUAAGUGCUUUUACACACCUAAAUGCCACCGAGAUAGGAAGGAUUUGCUCAACAGUGCUCUGGACAUAAAGGAAUUCUUCGACUACAAAAAUGGAACCCCCUUUUCAUGCUUCUACAGUCCAGACAGACAACCCGAAGACGUCAUUCUCAUAAACAAGUAUGACCAAAUGGUUAUCUUCCACUGUCUGUUUUGGCCGUCACUGACUCUGCUAGGUGGCGCUCUGAUUGUUGGCAUGGUGAGAUUAACGCAGUACCUGUCUCUACUAUGUGAAAAAUAUAGUUCGGUACACAGCGAUGAGGUAGGUGGCAAAGUAUCCUAUAUGGAACAGCAUCGACUCAAACUGUUGAAUGUGGGAAGGAGCAAAGGAAGAAGUAGAGGUAUCCUUAAGUGGUGGCCAAAUUAAAGUCCUGGCCUUCAGAUACCUGCAGUUCUGUAUUGGAGGUCCUAAUUAUUUAUGCCUUAUUGCUAACUGACCAAUUAGAGGCAAUUAAAGUAUGAUAUUUCAUGUAGAAAGAAAAAUUCUGAAAAGCCCUGUACUAUACAUUCUAUUUAUUCUAGAAAGAGAUACACAUUCACUGUCCUUUCUACUCAAUAUUUUUCUGGUUCAAAUGAGAUUUCAUAUUACUUAAUUCUAAAAAUUGAGACAUUUGUUUAUAAUGCUGUGUAUGAUUUAAAGGUACAGGAUGACACCCUUGAGGUGUAUGUUACUAACCACACCCACCACCAAGACACCCACAGUCCUCCACCAUUUCCAUAAGAACCAAGGAAAUACUUUUUAUUAUCACAUGACAAAGGGGGCUCAAGGUAGCUGCAUUUUAUCUAAUUUCAGUUAUGGCUAGAAGCUGUCAAUGAGGAAAUAAAUGAUAAGUUUAUCUAAACCUGAACAGUGAUCUGCCUAGUUUAUGCAAUUUGAUAGUUAGCAUUAAAAUGUUUCUCAGAAAAACCCUUAAUGAAGAACAAAAACAUUAAUUCAUUAUAGGCAGAUAAUGAUCUGUUAAUUUUAGAAAAUGUGGGCCUAACAUUUUCUAACUGAUGAUAAAGGAAAAAAACUUCUGCUCUGAAAAUUCACUAAGUUUAGAGAUAUUUGUGCUUAACCUUGCCAUGUUCCAUGUAAUUUUUCUUCCAGCAACACUUUAUUUAUACUUUCUAUAAGCUCAUUUUAUUCUUUGUGUACAUUCUGGUGGGAAUGGGCGAGAUGACUAGAAAUGUAUUUUGAAAUAGGAAGAAAUUGUAGUUGUUAGAAUUUAACAUUUUCAGAUAAUCCACAGUGUAGGAAAAUCCCAUAUGGAAUGUUAACAAUAAUAGUUCAGUCAGUUAAUCAUGGCUACUAAAUAAUCAAAGACUCUCCCAAGAAAUGCUUUCCAGAUUAAUUAUACUGAAGAUAGGAGUUGAAAACUUCUGAAAACCAAUGUGCCUCAAAUUAUCUUAAAAUUUUGUUAAAAAACUUAUCAUGGACAAUAAACUCUGACUUUUGAAGCAUCUUUUCUUUUAUAUGUAAUCAUACCAGAAACUUUGAUUCUAAGUCGAUUUCAUUUUAUGAACUAAUUUCAAGUCACCAAUUACCAAAUAAACUGAAUAAAAUUAAAUAGACAAUGUUGACUUGACCUGUAAUAAACAAUUUUGGUGUUUCUUCUCUUUUUACUGUAAUAUUUGGGAGAACAUGUGUCUCAGAGUAGGAUUUACUUUAAUUUGUUGCCAAUAAUUACAAUUUUAAAUAUGUACCCUUUGGCAAUUCAGUUGAAUUGCACACCUCUCUUCUCAUCUAUAAAAUGUAGAUUAGCUCUUCUUUGGUGGUGUUAAUUUAUGGAGUGGACAGGAUAGAGUGAGACACUUGGCUUACUUCCUGGCACCUGACUGAAGUGAUAAAAGAAACAUCUUUUGUUAAAUUUUGAUAUUUGGCAACUUUAUCCCUCUUCUGGGAGAAAAAGAAAUGAAAUGAAAUGAAAUGAAAGGAAAUGAAAUCAGUACGGGGAAGAGAUAGCUACUGUCCCCUGCCCAGACACACAAAAGAAAAAAUACUGCAUUUCACUUACAGGUGGCAUCAAAAAAGACACUUAGAAGCAGAUGGUGGUUACCAGGGAUGGGAAAGUUGGGGAGAUGUUAAAGGAUACAAGGCCUUCAAUUACAAGGUAACUACGUAGAGACUUAGUGUGAAGCUUAGUGACUAAUGUCAAUAAUACUGUACUGAAUACUAGAGAUUUGCAAGCUCGCAUCUCAUGCACACAGUGACUGUGAUGUGCCUCAUUGGUGUGACUGUUGUAAAUCAUCUGUUUUGUAUAUGGAUACUGUAUAUCACAUCAUCAUGCAUAUUCCUUAUAUAUGCAAUUAUGGAAAUAAAAGGUACACAUUAGUGUAUUUUUUAUACAUGGUAAAAAAAUAAAUAAACUCAGCCUUGCUAUCUUUCACUGGAGAACUAGUGUAGCGACUAUGAUGGGGUGAUGCAGGUCAGAAUUCCUUUCCACCUUAAUUUGGCUAAAGAUAAUAUGCAUUUAUGUCUAGAAGUAAUGUUUACAAAGUUACAAAGUUAUUUUGCCUGUCCAAGAUUUCCUUGCAAUGAAACAUAUGUAUGCAAACACAUAUCAAAUCAUGCUGCAAAUUGAAUUUCAGUAGUUUUCUUAAAUUAAGGAACCUCUCUAUUUUUAGUAAGUUUGACACCCCUUUAACAAUAUACAAAUUCUUGAGACUCUUCUAACACAUUAAAAUCAUUAAUUUGUUAGGAUACCAUACCCUAAAGUGUAUGGAUUUGGCCAAUAAACAAAACUUAAGUAAUUAUUUCAUGUUAAUUGCUUAGAAGUGCUAAGUACUGAUGCCCAUGUACAUAAGUGGUCAAAGAAAAAUCUGGACUUCUUUCACAAAGCUUAUGAUAAGUGAAAGCAAAAUCAGUUUGCGUUUAACCUAACUUCACUUUUAGGUUUUGGUCUUCAACUGACUGAAAAGGCAUUCACACCAAAAUAAAGACAUUGAUACGUGUACCUGUAUACAUAUAUUUCUGCUUAAAAUACAAGUAUAUAAUUCUUUGUGCAUAAAGGAAGAUAAUAUUUAAACAGGUUAUUUCUCUAAUCACUUUACUGGGGCCGAAAAACUGGGUUUUAAGACAUCAUAGUUUCGGGUUUUCAAUAAUUAUUCUUGGUCAUUAUUGAUAAGAACUCAAAUUCAGUUAAAUUUUGAUUAGUCACACAGGUUCGCUUGUAAGUAUUCAAAAUAAAUGGCAACAUAUAAUCAUCACAGUUUUGUUUGUUUAAAAUAUAGUACACUAAGGAUUGGUUGGACACAAAAUUAUUAUUAUUAUUAUUUUUUAAUAAACAGCGUGAUGUUACAGACUGCAAAGUUAAGGAAAAGCAGACAUUGACAGUUUCUGAUGAGCACAAACAAUAAGUGCAGCCACAGGCCAAACGUCUUGCCAAGGACGGCAAGACUGGGAAGAGGUCUUAUAGAGACACUAUUAUUCUAUAUCCUCAGCACAGUAACACAUGCAUCUUGCUGUGUCAAAUACUUUUCGGGCUAUCAUUAAAAGAACAUUUAAAAACAUUUUCCUCCUAACUAAUGCAGUACACCACAGGACUUCAGUUCAUUGAAUAACAAAAUAAAGAGAAAUAGAUUUGCUACAAUAAAUGGGGCUAAGAAGACUGAUGGGAGUUCCUUUUUGAAGCUUCCAAAGUCGACAUAUGUUGUAUUAGUAGUCUUCUUUUUGUAGUGCCACUUCCUCAUGGUAUUCAAGUGUCAUGCUAUGCCCCACAAGGACAUAUACUUUCAGACUUUAUUCAACCAAGUCCAAGGACCAACUCUCAUGGAAACCAUUAAUUGUUUUUCAAACUUAGUUUCCAAAACCAAAAACAUUUCCCAAAAUCUGAUAUUGGCCAACCUCUCCAACCACUUUUUUAGCAAUAGAAAUUAAAUCUGAAGGGCUUUUUCUUAAAGAAAUCAAAAGAUGACCAAUUUGUAAAUUCAUAUAACAACUAAGGAGUUUGCUCUUAUGAGUGAUAUUUUGAGAAAAUGUAAAACAGUGAUGAUUUUCAGUCUCCUUGCUAGCUUGGGUUUAACAAAUACAAGUCACCUAAAAAUAUACUGGCUCUUAGCAAAACCACAAAAUCAUUGUAGUGACAGAUAAAAGUAAGUUUCAUAAACUUAAUUGGCUUACAAAGUGCAUUAAAAUCCCUCCCAUACUUAGUAACAUGAAGAAUGGGGUCUCCUAUUGGUAGUGAAAAUUAGUUACCUAACUCCACUAAAUGUGCAAUGGAUUGAUUUUACUUCCUGGUCCACCUCCCUCCACCAACUGACACUCUGUGUGUAGCUGUGUGAAAAUUAAGUCAGAAAAUUUCUUGAAGGCUCAUCAGGGUUACUUUAUACUAGAAGUGUGGCUGUAAUAUUAACAUACCUAAAACAAAGCAAAGGAAAUGGCGCUGCCCUGGUAAAAAGGAAGUGCAAAACAUUAACCAAAUGGAAUAUUUGAAUGAGACCAGCUGACUUAAAAGCCAACACCCCAAAUUUGGGACAUUCCCAAUAAAAACUAAACUCUUCUGAAUUUUAGAACCUUGAUGUUCAUGAGGUGUCUCUUGACGAGGUCAAGCAAGCAGUGCAUAUGCAAACAGAAAUGUGUACAAAUAUAUACACACCAACUUCAUUAAUAAUGAAUGAGAGAGAACAAAACUAACUUCAAAUGCUGAGCCUAGUACCUUGAACCUCCUGGCAGAAUAAUCCUUUCCACAUGACUGCAGCAAAGAUUUUAGUUUAGCCAAAAGAACAUUCCUUUACUAUCGCCACUGUUAUCAAAAACAGGGCAUGACAGCUGACUAUGUAAGUCUAAAAUACAGUCCUCUGAGGAUGUCUGUGAUGUCAGAAUCUGAAGUCAUCAACUGUGAUUCACUUAUCUUUUCCCUUAUUAACCUCCUGAGAUAGUGUCACUGAUUUAAUUUUAUCAGGACCAUCACUAUCUCCAGCUAAACCCCACAGUCUUUUUCAGAAAGUGAAAACAAGUUUUAAAAGAAAAGAAAAAAGGCUUCCCAGGCCAUGGUAUGUAAUAUACAUUUACAAUUUUUAAUGUAACAGUUAAAAAAUAAAAAUGGUUUGCUUAUAGUUUAAAAAACAGCCCAGCUGUAUUAUUCUGUCACCAAGAAUUAUUAUCUGAGGAUCCUGUAAUUGCUGAAUUUUAAAGUUCAGCUUUCACAAUCCCAUCUUUGAUGAAAAGCUAAUUCCCUCAUGGUUUGCACAAUAUAGUCUCACAACUUGCAGCCUUCUCUUAGUGCCCCAUGUGAGCAGCAUGGAUAUAAAGAAUGCAGUCCAUUCAAACAACUCUCCUGUGCUGCCCCGUCCCUCCACAUUGCCCUCUUCAAAAUCAUCUGAAGUAUGAAAGUUGCUUUUAAAUAGAAGCACCACAAUCUAUUAACACCGCAUAUGGCCUUUACGUUGAAAUAUUUUAGUGAUGUCUUUGACAUCAAAAUCAAUUUUUGAGGUGGAUUCUGAGGGUGUGGGUCCAGCCCAGGUCUGCAGUGUGUCCAGACAUAUAAACAAAAGGAACUUACAAUAUUCAGAAAAAGUUAACCCGCUUGCUUUAAAAUAAUGUUGGCAAUUAAAUUUCUUCAAAGAGUUGGCAAGCAUGGGCUACUGGUCAGAAUAGAAAUUAAAUGGAUUUACAAAAUCAUGAAGAAACAAAUCCAAGUUUAUAUGCUGUGAAAUUUCCAUGAUGUCUUUAAAAUAAGAUAGGCUGUUCAUAUUUUUUAAACAAUGCCAAACAACUCAAUUUUUGAUUGGAAAAAAGAAUACAGAUGGACUGUGUUUUACCUAUGUGAAAAUCAGGAAUUCAUUUAAAAUAAAAUCCCAAAGGGUAUAUACAAGUCAUUGAUUAUUUUCCUGAUUAAUAAGAACUACACUUUACACAAAAUACUUUGUCAGCAGCUGUUUUCAUCAAAAAACCAAUAGUCAUAUUUUCACAGUUGAAAAAGUUACACAUUAAAAUAUUUUACAAUUCAUUGUAUAUUCAUCAGGUUCCCAUUUCCUAAAGGGCUUGUAAUAUAAAGCAGAUUAGAAGGGAAAACCUCAAAGUUGAUUGCUUUGAUGCUAAGUUUUACAGAAGACACUAAGAACCACAAAAGGUUUAGGUUCUAUUUUAAAAUAGUGACCAAAUUCCAUUCAUCUUUAAAAAAUCCAAUUAGAAACAUAUUUAAAAAAAAAUUCCACAAUAUGAUUAACAGAUUUCAAAUUAACAGCAGUCUAAAAUCUUCAAAAUAAACAAUUUGUACAGCUGAAAUGAUUAAAAAGUUAAAGCAUGAUUUUCAAAGAGUUGAUUAUUUUUUGCUAAAAUGUGUUCAAAAUUAGGCUUUAUUUUCUUUAAGCCUGCUUUUCUUUUUCCUCCACAACUAUCAUUGAAGGAAAUUUUUCUCAAGUGCCUAGAUGAAACUGUAGAGUCCACAGUCAGUCACAUACCACAUUUAAUGACAAGGAUGGUCAGGUAGCUGAUUUGCGGGAUUUGAUUUGGGAGACUGAAACCCAGAGUGGCUGUAUGAUCAUUGAUCUGAAAUGCUCCUCACCCGUGCACAUUCAGUUCAAUUUUUUGGUUCUUUGCUUUCUGAGUAUGGCCUUUCCUUUUGUCCCUUACUUUUAAGGUAGUUUCCUUAAGCUCUGCUUGAACUGGUUUAAAUUUUACUUUCGUUUCUAAUUAAAUCACUGUCUAUAUACUUAUGAAAUAAUAACUAUUUAAACCAUUAAUUUGGCUGUGGCAACACUUGAAAAUAAAUGUAAAUGAUGAAAUAAGCUUGUGUUUUGUAUUUUAAUGAUGGAGAGGUCCCAGGGGAAAGGGGGGACAGAUAUCUCUGGAUUGAGGUGAAAAGUAUAAAAAUUGUAUAAAUUUUGUGCAAGGAAGCACAAGGCUUUUUGGCACUGGAAUAAAACAUAGUUCUCUCUAAAAUCUCUUUGUCCUCCAUCAAUGUUUCAGACUUGUGUACCAUUUCACUGAGUUGUCUUGUAAUCAAUCCCUGUUACAGAAAAGACUGGGACAGUGUGGAUUAACUGAGUAUAUCUAAAAGACCCAAGAUGUUAAUCAUGAAGUUUUAAUAAAUCUUCUGUAUCAGCAAAAGAAUUUUUCUGGUUUCCUACUUAAAAUGGAGUUUAACUCUUCAUUAUUCCAAGACAGUUUACAGAAAUAAGUUCCUUUAAUCUUCAAAUUUAUUUUUCUUGUUGGCAAUAUUAUAUACAGGCUUUAGUGAAGUACCUAAAUCUCCAAAAAUGAUGCCCUUUAAGGGUCCUAAAAUAGCCAAAUACUAAAAGUAUCUGUAUUAGAGUCCCCUGUUCACAAUUCAAGACUUCUACUAUAGGUAACUGAUUUCAUUAAUGGAUAGUUUUUAAAGUGAUGCUGUUUUUACUAGAGUAUACAAUGUGCACUUUUAUAAAGUAUUCCGAUAAUAUGCCUAAUCUAGAAAACUGUCAGUAAAUUAUUGCACUUUUUCUGGUGUGGCACCUGGACAUUUGCUAAAGCUAUUUACUAAGACAUUAAUCAUUCAUUUCAAAUACUGAGUAAAAUAUCAGAUUCUAUAAUGAUGACUAGCAUUAGACCCUAUGUCUUGGGUUAAUGUCUUCAAAAUGUUUAAGAAACGUAUCCUGUGCUUAAAUGCAAUUUAACAAAGUUGGAGAGUGAGUCCUGACCACUUGGAAAUGGAACAUGAUCUUAAAACAGUUUAAAGGUUCUACUUUUAUUACUGAGCUAUUGGAUAAAUAGCCUAAAAAGGUAAAAGUUCAUGUUUUCUAUUCCCCCAUAUUAUGAAGUAUUAUUCAUGAGCAUACCUCGACAGAGGGAUUUAAGCAAUCAGGAAGAUACUCUAAGUUGUGUUAAUUUUGGUAACUAUUUCAUAUGACUGACACAUUCUCAACUAUAAAACAGGAUGGAAGAUGGUGGAUUUAUGUGAAAACAUAAAGAAGUAAGUGGAAAGGAGAUAAACUUUAAUCUGUUCUCCUUAAGUAGUUAGUUACACACUAGGUAUAAAUGGGAUGGUGCCUGAGCCUCACCCACAGACCAAGAGAAAAGCUGACCAUGCUGCUAUGAACAAUAAAAAUUUGGGGUGCAAAACAAUGCAUGACUAUGGGACAGAUCAUGUAAAUAAAGAAUAUAUAUUAAUGAUAGUUUCUAUAAUAUAAAUAGCCU